AUGGGCUCUGCUUCGCCCAGCCCCGGGACCCGCCCCGGGCACCGGCACCGCCCCGGGCACGGGCACCGCCCCGCCGCUGUCACGACCCAGUGGCACGAAGGAUGUGCUCUCUCCUCACUCCAGUUGCACAGAUGGGUUUGGAAUGAGUCCUCCAAGGUGGAAGCAUGUCCCAGCCCCUAUACCCACUUUAUGCAGCAUUAUACCUUGCUGGCCCACUCAGUUCCUUCUGUGUUACAAAUAUAAGCACAGGAGCUUCCUAACUGCAUCUCCUGCUGCUGCUGGCUCUGCAGCUUGGAACAGGCCACGCCCACCAAAGGAUUUUUAUCCUCCCCACUGCUGGAUUUGGGAACGUGCCACGUGCAGAAAUCUGAUCCCUGCAAACCUCUGGUUCUGAGGCCGCUUCUAAGAGAUGCGUCUCCUGACAGAUGGGGACGUUGUGCAACAUGGGGAGAGCAUCACCAGCCGUGGGCUGGCAGCGGGCAGAACGCUUGUGGUGAGACACAGGGUGUCACCUCAGAGGAGAAAGUCUCAGACAGCAGCAGUGGUGGCUUUCUGAGCCGGGGGACAGGUGAGAGAACCCCCACAGCAGGACCAGGUGAGAAUUUGGGACCCCUUAAGUGCCUGGUGUUGACCAGCUCCCAGCAGCCACCGGCAUGGACAGCGACGACACCAACACCAUCACUGCCGAGGCUCCUGGAGGUGAUGGUGGCUGGUUACCCAGUGCUGCUGGUGAGGAACAGGAAGGAGUUCAGUGCCCUGGGCAGCAAAUGUCCCCACUACGGUGCCCCGCUCAGCAAAGGGGUCUUGAGAGGGGAGAGGCUGCGCUGCCCCUGGCACGGCGCCUGCUUUAACAUCAGAACUGGAGACAUCGAGGAAUACCCUUCUCUGGACUGUAUCUCCCGCUUUAAGGUAACAGUGGAAGAUGGAAAGGUGUUUGUUACAGCAAAAAAGAAGGACCUUGAAAACAGCCUGAGGGUGAAGGCCAGAAGCAGGCGGUGCCUUGUCAACCAGAACACGAUGCUGCUGCUGGGGGGAGGUGUGGCUGCCCUGGUGUGUGCAGAGACGCUUCGCCAGGAGGGUUUUACUGGCAGGAUCAUCAUGGCCACUAAAGAGAAACAUGUUCCAUACGACAAGUCCAAACUGAGCAAGGAAAUGGACUUGAAAGCUGAGGACAUCUACCUGAGGAAACCUGAAUUCCUUGAUGCUCAGGGCAUAGAGUUCUGGACAGAGAAAGAGGCAGUGUCGGUGGAUUUCCAGAAGCAGCAGGCCCACUUCAUGGAUGGUUCCUCUCAGAAAUACCAUCAGCUGCUCAUUGCAACAGGCAGUCACUCCAGCUUCCCCAAAGUCCCAGGUGCAGACCUGCAGAACGUGUGCGUUCUCCAAACCCCGGAAGACUCCAGCAAGAUCUUGGAGCUGGCAACUGGGAAGAAUCUGGUGAUCGUAGGAGCUUCAUUCGUAGGAAUGGAGGUGGCUGCCUUCCUCUCAGACAAGGCUGGUACCAUCUCAGUGGUGGAAAGAGAGGAGUUCCCUUUCCAGCACGCUCUGGGUCCUCAGGUUGGAGGCGUCGCCAUGAAGAUGCUGCAAAAUAAAGGGGUGAAGUUCCACAUGAAAUCAGAACUCUGUGAGCUGAAAGGAAAGUAUGGAAAGGUCACAGAGGCUGUUCUUGCCAACGGAGAGAAAUUACCUGCAGAUGUGGUAGUGGUGGGAAUAGGGUCGACCCCCAGCUCAGCGUUUCUGAAGGGCACCUCCAUUGCCAGAGAUGACAAAGGUGCCAUCCUGGUGGAUCUGCACAUGCAAACCAACAUCCCAAAUGUCUUCGCUGCGGGGGACGUGGUGUCCUUUCCAGUAGCACUUCUCAACGGGGACCGGUCCAGCAUCCAUCACCAACAAGUGGCUGAGGCCCACGGUCACGUUGCUGCCUUAAACAUGCUGAAGAAAGAGAAGGAGUUGCACACCGUUCCCUUCUUCUGGACCACGUUGCUUGGGAAAAGCAUCCGCUAUGCAGGCUGUGGAAAGGGAUACACGGACACUGUUGUGAAGGGCAGCUUGGAGCAACAGAAGUUCCUGAUCUUUUACCUCAAGGAUGGCCAUGUGACAGCAGCUGCCAGCCUGAACUGCGACCCCAUGGUGUCUCUCAUUGCAGAAGUUUUAUACUUGGGGAAACUAAUUUCCAAAGAAGAAGCAGAGGCCUGUGACAUCGGCAACAUAUCCUCGCUGGCACAAACCUGAGCUUGGUACCUGCCCCUGUGAGGGGCACAUACCCAAGGGUUAACAGCUCCACAUCCUCCUGUCCUAGAGAAAUAAAACCAUCAGCAAAGCCGAAAUCA